AGCCACAGAUGACCGGAAAUGGAACCUGCGCGGGCCUGUUGCUAAGCAACAAAUGCUGCCGGGACGCUAGACGGCCCUGGCGCGGAGGGAGCUGAGACCGCCGGAGGUCCCGGGGCGUCGCCUCUAUCUUUCUAGGGCUUCUGAGGACAGGAGCGAUCCAGAAGCGCCGGUCAGGCCAGCGCGUCCUCGCAGCUAUGAGCAGCGAGCAGGAUAAAUCGGCCAGCAAAGAAAAAUCCAAGACACCAAUAAGAUUUCUACCACAGCUAUCUAUGGAGAAAUCAGCCAGCAAAGAAAAGUUCAAGGCACCAGCAAGAGCUUUACCACAGCUGUCUAUGGUGAGUACAAAGCCCCUCUGGCAGCAGGCAGCUCCAUCAUUCCAUUUGAGUGUAAAGCAGGAUGAUGAGAUUCCAGAACCAUUUAGUGUUAAAAAUGAACAGUCCUAUGCUGAAUACAUGGAACGUUUUGGAAAAAAGGGCACAUUACCCCACCAAGUUGAUGAUAGUUAUUCUGGACCGUCUACUUCCAAAUCAAAGGGCAAAUCUCCACAUAAAGAACGAGAAAACUUUAGAAGCACUCUUGUUAAUAUCCUUAUGCAACAAGAUACUGACUUAGACUCAGCUGUCCCUGAUGGAAGCAUAAUUCCAAAACCGACCACUUCUGCUGUAGAGAAAGACAUCUUGAGAUAUUACUAUUAUAUUCACCACGGAAUUGAUACAGACCACGUAGCCCCAAUGGAAGAUUCUUGGCUAGAACAUGUACUGGAUUUAGUUCCACAACAUCUGAAAGUCUUCACUGACAGCAUAGUUACACUAUCUGAUGAAAUGAGAGAAGAUUAUCUUCUUAGUGUAAAGAAAUCCAUAGUUGAUUUCGUUUUAAAAGAUCCUAGGGAGAAAGAAGAUGAUAAGAAGAUAGAUGAACUUCCAGCCCAUCGUGCUGAAAUGGAAAUUCUGCCAAAACCUUGGAGGAAAUCUUUUUUAGCUGCAAGCAAUUAUAUUAGGGAUCACUUGAAUGCAAUGAAUCCCACGAUGCUGGCUGUACUAGAUUUGUGGCACAGUAAUUUUAAAAAAUUACGUUUAGUCGAUAUUGAAGAAUUUCAUAAUCGCCAUGAUGCAUUAGAGUUGUCAAGUUUUCAGAACAUUAUUAUGAGACACAUGGAAUCUGCCAAAGACACUCUACUUAAAAUGUGGUUUGCAGAAGUGCAGAAUAUUUAUUACCAAGGUAAUAAAAAAAAGCAUUUGCCAACUGGUGACAGCAGUGCCAAAUUGGAAUCUUUUUUCAACUGUGCUGCAGCACUUAUGACUUUGCAGCUGCAAAACCUCGCUUUAGUCUCCAUGCAAGAUUUCACGGACUUAAUUGCACAACCCCCAGAUUCUGUUAGAGCUUUUGAACAUCCAGGUUUCAUCAUGAGGCUGGUUCUUGAUAAGGACACCAUUAAAUUUGAACCUGAGUUUAGUGACUAUGUAGAUAUCUUUGUAAAUGUUUAUGAUGUCAUGCUUAAAGCUAUCGGUUGUGUGCCAAGAGUUGAGACAAAAUUAUAUUCCAAGUGGGAAAGUAAGUCUAAACCAACAACCUUGAAGCCCAUAAUUCUGAGUGAAAUUAUAGAUGCUCACAAAGAAAAGAUUAAGGAAGUGAUUAUGAAAGAGAGUGUGGCACCUACUGAGCACCUCAGACUCUAUGACAAGUAUGACUUUUUAAUUACCAGAAAAGCUGAGCAAGAUGUUGAUAAUUUUCUCUCAGGAAAUCAUAACUAUCAACAAAUAAUAGAUGAAAUUCGCAAAUACCAAAAACUAAUAGAGGAAAUACAAUACACAUCCAUUAAGACUGUUCGUUUAGGAAUGUUUGAAAUGCACUGUGAGGAAUUAAUCAGAGCUUUGGUGAAACGAGCAGAUGUUAUUUGUGGGAAACUUAUAGCUAAAAUGUUCAGAGAUCAUCAGGAAGUAAACACAAGAUUAUGCGAUGAAUUUGAGAGGAUAGCUGAAAAAGCUCUUAGCACUCCUCCAAAUACAGCAGAACUGAUGGAAAUGAAGGCUUACAUUCAGAAAGUGGAGGUAACUGAUAUGAUUGAACUGGAACAGAAAUUAGUGGAUUCCAGAAACUGCCUCGCUUUCCUCAUUGAGCAUGUCAACUUUUCUCCAGCAGACAUUAGGCUAAAUAAUAGUGUUUUCCAGUGGUAUGGAAGAAUGGGAGAAAUUUUUGAAGAGCACAGGAAAAUCAUUAAAGAGAAAAUAGAACAAUAUCAAGAAGGUCUGAAGUUACGGUGUGAACGGUUUGUGGAGGAGUUGGAGAGUUAUGCUAAACAAUCAGAAGAAUUUUAUUCAUUUGGAGAUCUUCAGGAUGUUCAGCGGUACCUAAAAAAGGCUCAAAUAUUGAAUGGAAAGUUGGAUUCAGCUGCAGAUAAGAUUGAGCAGUUUAAUGCUGAAGAGGAAGCAUUUGGUUGGCCACCAUCUGUAUAUCCUCAACGUAAAAAAAUCCAAGAUGGCUUGAACCCUUAUCUUCGUCUUUAUGAAACUGCUGUCGAAUUUAGCAGCAAAUAUAGAGCAUGGACAGAAGGACCAUAUCACAAAGUGAAUCCAGACCAAGUAGAAGCAGAUGUUGGAAAUUAUUGGAGAGGACUAUAUAAACUGGAGAAAACCUUUCAAGAUUCUCCACAGGCAUUGACAAUGACAAAAAAAGUAAGAUCAAAGGUGGAAGAUUUCAAGCAGCACAUUCCUCUCAUUCAAGUGCUCUGUAAUCCCGGUUUGCGCCCCAGGCACUGGGAGGCCAUGUCUGCCAUUGUCGGUUACCCUUUGCAGCCAUCAGAUGACUCCACAGUCUUCUCUUUUUUAGACAUGAAUCUGGAGCCGUAUCUAGACAGAUUUGAAGGUAUUAGUGAAGCAGCUAGCAAAGAAUAUUCUCUGGAAAAGACGAUGGAGAAGAUGAUUAAUGAAUGGGAUGCAGUGGAAUUUGUCAUCCAUUCUUACAGAGAAACUGGGACAUUUAUUUUGGCAUCAGUUGAUGAAAUUCAGAUGUUGUUGGAUGACCAUAUUGUAAAAACACAAACUAUGCGAGGAUCUCCUUUCAUUAAGCCUUAUGAGAAACAAAUGAGAGAAUGGGAGGGCAAGCUCCUACUGCUUCAGGAGAUUCUGGAUGAAUGGCUCAAGGUCCAAGCCACGUGGUUAUAUCUGGAGCCCAUUUUCAGCUCUCCAGACAUUAUGUCUCAAAUGCCUGAGGAAGGUAGACGAUUUACAGCUGUGGAUAAGACGUGGAGAGAUAUAAUGAGAAUUGUCAUACAGGAUAAACAUGUUCUGACAGUUGUAACCAUUGAGAGAAUGCUGGAAAGACUGAAAAAAUGUAAUGAACUUUUGGAGCUCAUUCUUAAAGGACUUAAUGAAUAUUUGGAAAAGAAACGUCUCUUUUUCCCCAGAUUCUUUUUCUUGUCAAAUGAUGAACUUCUUGAGAUACUAUCUGAGACUAAAGAUCCCACUAGGGUGCAACCUCACUUGAAGAAAUGUUUUGAAGGAAUUGCAAAGGUAGAAUUUACGGAAACUUUAGACAUUACUCACAUGAAGAGUAGUGAAGGAGAGGUUGUGGAACUCAAAGAGAUCAUUUCAACAGCCAAAGCCAGAGGUCAAGUGGAGAAGUGGUUGGUUGAAUUAGAGAGAGUUAUGAUUAACUCCAUCCACAAGGUAAUUGGGGUUGCAAUUUUUGCCUAUACAAAAUAUGAGCGAAUUAACUGGGUAAGGGAUUGGCCUGGACAAACUGUUCUCUGUGUAUCCCAAAUCUUUUGGACGAAAGAAGUACAAACAGCUAUUCCAAAGGGAAUAAAGGCUCUUGAGCAAUACUUGGAAAUGUGUAACAUACAAAUUGAUGAUAUUGUCACUUUGGUGCGUGGCAAAUUGUCCAAGCAGAACCGCGUAACUCUGGGAGCACUUGUGGUACUGGAUGUCCAUGCUAGAGAUGUCCUCUCAUCACUUGUAAAAAAAAAUGUCAGUGAUGACUCUGACUUUGAAUGGUUAAGUCAGCUUAGGUACUAUUGGCAAGAAAAUCAUUUAGAAACAAAAAUGAUCAAUGCUGGUUUGAGAUAUGGAUAUGAAUAUCUGGGAAAUUCCCCUAGGCUGGUUAUUACACCACUCACAGAUAGAUGUUACAGGUAAUUUAAGGAUCUAUUGGAAAUAACUUUCCCUGACCCCUAUACCAUUGAUAUAUUUAAAAAUACCAAAUUGUCUUCCAUACUGUAAAUUUAGCCCAUUUUAUUUUUUCCUAGACUGUUAAUUUUCCUCUCAGCUUUGUCUUCAUUUUCUCUUUCUCUGCUGACUUCCUCCUCUCAAUGCUAGGACUCUAAGUAUUAGUAGGUGUCACUUUUUGUUGACCCGUUCAUCCCGCUUUUCUUCCUGAAACUUUGACUUUUUCUUGGAUCAUUUGAGUCAUUUUAUUAUUCCCUU